UUUGCAGAAUAGCACAAAUCAACAUUGAAUGCAGUUAGGUAUACCAAAUAAGGAGCCAAAGAUAGAGAAAAUAAUAGAAAAUGAAGGAAUAAAUGAGCAUACAAAUGAAAGAUAAAGUAAGUAAGCAGAGGAUGGACGACUGAAAGGCCCGAGAAGCGAUCCUGGAAUUUAGAGCUAUGAGAGAGCUCCUCCUGCGCCCAGUGUAAACAACGUCGGCGCUCGGAGGAGGCAGACGCUUGGCAAGGAUCUCUACCUGUGGACAUACACUCCCGUGUCCUUCGAAACUGUAAUACGCUGUAAGGCAAUCUAUUUCAUUUAAGAUGGACCAACUGCCUCAGCACAUUCAUGGCUCCAGCACAGACAAGUCAAAGUUUUUUAAGUCGAACGUCUUAGGAACUUUGGCCGGCUUCCUCAUACCUGUCCUGCUACCAUUCUUUCACCUGGGGAUCAUCUCGCACCUGUGGGAUGAGUUCAACUACAAAGUGGACCGCAAGGGUUGUUCUUGCUCGUGCUGGGACACCAUCUUCAAAGGUAUCUAUGAACGAGGUCCAUCUGGCUAUAAGCAUAUCUACUUCAACAUCACAUCCAACACCUUCAAAAUCUGGAUGGUGACUGUCCUCUCCAUUCUUUUGAUUUAUGAGUCAGUCAAGAGAACCCUGCGACUCCAUUUUUCUGGUCAGCUGCGUAAAUCAAUGUUGGUGCUGCUUAUAGCUAGCGUGUAUCCACAUUAUUACUCGUGGUGGUCGUACUUUAACUACUGGAAUGAUGAUUUCUAUAGACAGUGGAAUCAUCAGCUCUUCUUCUCGAUUACAGAACUCAUCUCUACUCUGGCAGUAGUUUACCUGCUAGACAAGAACAUUCCAAUUACGGCAAGAAGUACUCUCAUCAUCAUAGACAUCGCCAUUUUACAUAUCAUGUCUUCGAGCUUCGAUCAGUUUGUUACAAACGUUAUAAAUGGGAAUGGCAUGCUGCAUCAGGUUCUGCGUGACAUCUUCUUCAUGAUUCCUGACAUACUGCAUGUGGCCCUGCCAUUACUUGAGCUUAAGAAGCUGGCCCGUUCACGCAAUGUUCCAACAGCCUAUGUCAUAUCCAACCGGGAGUUCUUCUGUUCAGUGUCACUUGUGAUCUUUGGCUGGUUUGUCUGUCUGAUUCUUUAAAAAGUAAGGCAUGCAUUAUACCAGUUGCUCUGACAUUUUGAUGGGUUGGGAUAAGUAAAAUUCUUGUAUUGAUAUCUGGUCUACUGUAGGAUCUUUUAUUCUUAAUAUGUGGAUGUUAUUUUAUAUUAAUCUACACGCAGAUGGACAUACGUAUAUGCAUACUGACGUGCACUCAAACACAAAUAUUGAGAGAUAGACACAAACACAUAUCAAAAGACAUGUACUUUCUCACAGUCACUUUUAUAAGUAAAGCAGUUUUCUUCCCUAACUGUAUCAGUGUUUCAUCUAAUGUUUCUAAGAGAAUUAUCAUCUGUUUUAUCUUUCAGGACUGCCUCAUCUUUAUCUUAUUUAUUUUUUCCUUUUUAUGUUAAUUAUAUAUUGAUUAACCCAUUUGCCCCAUGUGGCAAGAAUACAUGUCAUGCCCACUGUAAUGCACUUUUAUUUAUUGUAUUUACA